AUGAGCUCGCAGCGCUAUCAACGGGUGAAUGCCCACGAUGAAGACGACCACUCGCAUUCCUACCCGUUGAACCCUACUCGAUCUGAUAUUACUCCGACUUCUCCGCCUCCCUCGUUCCGCUCCCGCUCCCGGUCGACUUCCCCAUCUUCAAGGCGGCUCCUUCAUGGCGACCCACUUCACAAUGAUGAUGAUCAGACCCUUGCCGACGCCUUUGGCGAUGAAGACGAAUCUGAAGAUGACGAGGAGCCCGACGAUAGGCAGCGGUUGAUGCGUGCCAAUCCGGAUGCCGGGUCACCCGCCGGCUACGGUCAAGUGGCGUCGUCAGCGUCCUCCUCGGAUGCCAGGAUCGAUGGACAAGAGGAACCUCGUGCCUCACCACUGCCACGCCGACCGACUUUACUGCCUACUUUUACGACCCCAGCAUCUGGGGGCAGUCGAUCGGUCGCCCAAUCGAAUGAUGGAGUGUUUGCCAAUCUGGCCGCCAAGCCAGAACGAGGCGAGAAGAACGAGGAUCUGCCUCCUUCUUACGAGGAAGCCGCUGCUGAUGCGACACCCCCAUACUGGGAGACCACGAUCGUUGCGCCCGGCAUCUCUUCCGACGAGGUGUAUGUGGAUGGCCUGCCUGUUGGAUCCGUGUUCUCCUUUGUGUGGAACGCCAUGAUCUCUAUGUCGUUCCAACUCGUCGGUUUCCUGUUGACGUACCUCCUGCAUACCACCCACGCCGCAAAGAAUGGCAGUCGAGCGGGUCUCGGCCUUACCCUUGUUCAAUACGGUUUCUAUAUGAAAGGCGGCAGUGAGUCUUCGGGCGGCGAUACUGGCAGUGAUCAAUACGUGGCGCCCCCUGAUCCCAACAGCCACAAUUUCGAUCCCAACUCCGUUGGUGAGAGCGCUGGCGGUGAUGGCGGCGGCGCUCUAUCGGGCAUCACCACCAGCGAGUGGAUAUCGUACGUUCUUAUGAUUGUCGGAUGGUUCAUCUUGAUUCGCGCCGUCAGUGACUUCCUCCGUGCCCGGCGUCACGAGCAACUUGUCUUGCAGAGCCCCGAUCGAGGAUUGGGAGUGCCCGUCAUUGCAGAGGGCGAACGGUCUGAGACCGUGGUUUAA